AUGGCGUCGCUGGCCGCCGCGUCGCCAUGGACGGCAGGAGACUCGGAGGUGGCGCCGAGUGCAGCAGAAGCGACGAACAACUCGAUGCAGAUGUACUUUGAGGCAAGUACCGACCACAGCGAGAGUGGCGACCCGUAUGCGGGACGUGACGAGGAAAGCAUCGAGCGACUGGAGGAGGAAAUCAGCCAGCUGAACGACUCGGUCCAUGGCCUCGAUGCGUACCACAUCGUCGACAAGCUGGGUGAAGGCACGUUCUCGUCCGUGUACAAAGCCAUUGACGUGCACCAUGCCAUGUUUGCGAACGCCGAAUGGUUCAAAACCAACACGCCACAUAUUGCCCCGCGUCCAGCGCGUCAUCCGACGGUAUAUGUGGCGCUGAAGCGCAUCUACGUGACGUCCAGUACUGCGCGUAUUCUGAAUGAGCUCGAAAUUAUGGAGUCCCUGCGCGGCGCGCCAUUCAUUUCGUAUCUCGUCACGGCGUUCCGGUCAGCAGACCAGGUCAUUGCCGUGAUGCCAUACACCCGACACGCCGAGUUUCGUGAGUAUUACCGCGUUAUGCCACUCUCAGAUCUGCCGUGCUACUUUUACUGUCUCUUUUCCGCCCUAGAGGCUAUGCACAAGCAGGGCAUCGUGCACCGCGACAUCAAGCCAGCCAACUUCUUGUACGAUCCCCGCACUGGAUACGGCACCCUCUGUGACUUUGGGUUGGCAGAACGGCUCGACGCGUCCGACUGGCACGGCAAGUGCCAUCAUACCCUCCCGACGCCUGAGCAUCCUCAUGGCGAGCAGUGUAUCAACCAUGCGACGCAGAGCGCGCAUUUGCAGCCAGGCGGAGCCCUGGCGCGGUCAGACGACAAGUCGUAUGUUGCACGAUCAGCGGCGGGCGCUUCGAUGGGACCGCCCGACCGCGUCGGCUACCUGCGCCAUGAUCCGCGGCCAAGUGUCCGCGCGAAUCGGGCAGGUACGCGCGGCUUUCGUGCCCCCGAAGUGCUACUCAAGUGCCCUGACCAGACGCCCGCGAUAGAUAUCUGGUCGGCGGGCAUUGUGCUACUGUCCUUUCUGCUCAAGCGCUUUCCGCUCUUUAACGCGAGCGACGAUACCGAGGCACUGCUCGAGCUUGCGACCAUCUUUGGCCGACGCCGUAUGGAGCAGUGUGCGAUGCUGCAUAACCGCACGUUUUCGUGCAACCUGCCGACCGUGGACCAUGCAGGACGCCGCAUCCCUGAGCUGAUCCAACACAUCCGUCCUGAAUUAUUCGAGCCGCCAGAUCACUGCGCAGAUCCAGCUGAAUAUCGACAGCAGGUGCAGUACGUCGUACACCUUGUCGGCGUAUGUCUCUAUCUUGACUGCACGCGCCGAUGGACAGCGUCGCGUCUUUUGCGGCACGCCUUUUUCCAAGACGUGGUCCCAGAUACCCUGUAG